UAGGGAAGAGGCAAUGGCUUCCAGGCAAGUGCUGCUCUUGGCCGCCGCGGCCGUCGUGGCCGUCGCCUGCCUCCCGGCGCUGGCCUCCGGCGUGCAGUGGAAGGUCGGGGACGAGGGCGGCUGGAGGGCCAAGUUCAACGAGACCAACUGGGCCGACGGCAAGACGUUCACAGUCGGCGACACCCUACUGUUCACGUACACCAAGGGUGACCACACGGUGAUCCAGGUCGGCGGCGACGACUUCAGGGCGUGCAACCUGCAGGCCAACCACCUCGGCGCCUGGUACGACGGCAGCGACGCCGUGCCGCUCGACAAGCCCGGGAAGAUGUGGUUCAUCUGCGACAAGCCCAACCACUGCAACAAUGGCAUGAAGCUCGUCGUCGACGUCCUCGACGCCGCGGCCCCGACACCAACGUCCCCGGAGUCGUCCGCGCCCGCGAGCUACACGGUCGGCGGGGCGGUGGCCGCGGCCGGCUUCGUGCUCGCUGCCGUGCUCGCCUUCUAG